AUUACCUUUUUUUUAUUAAUAGGAUGACAAGAAUAAUCAGUGUUUCGAAGCAGGAGACUUCAAUACACCGCAAUUGAAAUCUAUAGAAGAACUGUAUAAAGACGCACUUCUAGAAUUACAAAGUAAGCGGCAUUUAACGGUUGAAAAUAUUAAGAACAUGUCAUUGGAAGAAAUUAAACAGGACCCGAGUUUGUGGGCAGCGUACGUCCGCGGGUGGGAAGACAGAACGGCGGACGUUCACCUCAACCCGUCUCUCACCAACCCACGAACACUUCAGCAGAGUGACGAGAAAACUGACGAGAAAACUUCUGGCUGCAAACCUGAUAAACCGAAACUGGAGCCUGCUACCACCUCCUCUCGAAUCCCAGAGCCUGCACAAAGAAAGAAACCAUUAUCAACGCAGCAGAUGAUAAGGAAAAAAAAGCGGGACGCGGCGAGGAUGGAAGAGUUCUUGGCGAAAAAAAGAGCUCAACAAAGCGGACCGCCACCGUAACACGA